UUGCCUUUAGGUCAAGAGUGUGAGUUAUUUUGUCACUUUUGACAAUAAAUUUGCUUCACAUGUGAAAGGUCAGACGAAUUAUGGAUUUCCGUCACUGCAGUUUGCACUCCAGUCAAUAGACGGCGGUAGUGAAGUUUUAAAUUCGCUUUAAUAACUGUGUGACGUGUCACGUGAUUAUUCUGAAAAAAAGGAGGGGGGCAAACAUGGCCGACGAGUUGGGAGAAGUAAACACAAAUGCAGAAGAUGGCGACAUGCAACAAGAGCAAGAGGUCGCCAAACUUUCAAACACGGAGAUUGACGACAAUGCCUGCGACAACAACGCUCUCGGCCCGGCUGAGAGGUCGCCGUCGGAGAGCAGCUGGUCGGCUCCUCUUUUGUCGCUGGCUCGCAAGGCCACCGAGACACUUAGUAGCGGGGUGAGCUACGCUUCUACCCGGAGGAACUCUACUGAGAACACCGUUGCACAAAAAGACCCCGAAACUGAUUCAACCUACACUGGAAAGAAGCUUCCAGUGCUUGCUCCCAAAGACCCGAUGGCAAUAGAAAGAGCCAAUCUUCUCAGCAUGUUGAAGCUCAGCAUCAAGGUUUUAAUCCAAUCCUCGCUAAGUUUGGGCAGGACGCUGGACUCCGAGUACCCGCCCUUGCAGCAGUUUUUCUUAGUCUUGGAGCACUGCCUCAAACAUGGGCUAAAAGCCAAGAAGUCCUUCAUCAGUCAGAGCAAAUCCAUUUGGGGACCACUGGAACUGACAGAGCGGUUGUGUCCAGAAUCUGCCAACAUAGCCACAAGUGCCAGAGACAUGCCCGGCAUCAAGACUGGUUUGGGGAAAGGAAGGGCGUGGCUGCAUUUAGCGCUCAUGCAGAAGACAAUGGCUGACUAUAUAAAAGCUUUGUUGGACUGCAAAGAUCUCCUCAGUGAGUUUUAUGACCCUGGGGCCCUGAUGAUGGAGGAGGAAGGAGCGGUGAUGGGGGGGCUGCUCGUGGGCCUCAAUGUACUCGAUGCAAACCUCUGUAUUAAAGGAGAAGAUCUGGAUUCUCAAGUGGGAGUCAUUGACUUCUCCCUCUACCUGAAAGACUCUACAAGCACUGAGACCCCGAAAGAUAACGCCAAAAUGACUGCCAUAUUGGAUCAGAAGCAUUACAUUGAAGAAUUGAAUCGUCACCUCAGUGGCACCGUUACAGAUCUUCAGGCCAAAAUGGACUCCCUGGAGAAAACCAACAGCAAACUUGUAGAAGAGCUGGCGGCUGCGACAGACAGAAUCAACGCUCUGCGUGAAGAACAGGAACAGCUGAGACAAGACAACGAGCUGAUCUUGCUGGCCAGUCAGAAAAAGGAAGAGGCAGUACUUCAGGAUAGCCAGGUGGAGCUGGAGACGUACAGACAAACCCGGCAAGGCCUAGAUGAAAUGUAUAAUGUUGUGUGGAAGCAGUACAAGGAAGAAAAGCGCAUUCACCAGGAGUUGGAGCGAGAGCUGGAGCUGCAGUUGGGGCUGAAGCAGGAGAUGGAGAUGGCCAUGAAGCUGCUGGAGAAAGACUCGCACGAGAAACAAGACUCACUGGCUGCCUUGCGACUCCAGCUGGACCAAGUGAAAACUCUGAACCUUCAAAUGUUCAACAAAGCACAAGAUUUUGAACGAGAGGCGGCCAAAAAACAGGCAGAGGCUGAACAGCUGGAGCAGAAGAUGGACGACAUGGCAAAAGCCAUGACAGAGCUGGAGCUGAGGCUUCAGAAUUCCGAAAAGGAUCGAGAGAAGAGCGACCAAUCAGAUAAAGACUUGAGGGUGGAGCUGGAGGCAAAAGUGAGCACUCUUGAAAAACAACUGAGUGACUUGGACGCGCUCAGGCUGGGCUUGGAGAAGGACCUUGUGGUUGAACGGGAACAGCGACAAGGCCUUCAGAAAAGCCUCCAGAGGGAGCAGGACAACAGUGCUGAGCUUCGCACGCAACUGCAACAACUCCAAGGCCUGCACGCUGAUCUGAAGGAGGAGAAACGGCAGCUGCAGCAGAUGUGUGAGCAACAAGAGCAGGCUUUGCAAGAGAUGGGGCUGCAUCUCAGCCAGUCUAAACUCAAGAUGGAGGAUUUUAAGGAAGUUAACAAAGCCCUGAAGGGCCAUGCCUGGUUAAAAGAUGACGAGGCCACGCAAUGCAAGCAAUGCCAAAAAGAGUUCUCCAUCUCACGAAGAAAGCACCACUGCAGGAAUUGCGGCGAUAUUUACUGCAGCACUUGUUCCAGUAACGAGCUGGCCUUACCUUCGUAUCCUCGUCCCGUGCGGGUUUGUGACAUGUGUCACUCCUUGUUGCUGCAGAGGAAUUCAUCCAAAUCUUCUUGACACAACACUGCUCCGCCACCAUUUGGCUCUCACAUCGCACAGACACGGUUUCACCACGUUUGUUUAUGAAUGUCAAUUUGGGGUAGAUCUGAACUUGCUACCUGAAAUUCAGGAACAUCCAUGUGUUGCAUGGAUGCAUUACUGUUAAGUUAUACUUUUCUGGGCGGCGGGGGUUAACUGUCAAGUUGGCCAGGACUGAAUGAACUUUUCUAUUAUGUAGGUAUGCUGAGGUUCCACAAAGUUUUUUUUUUUUUCUUCUCUUCCAGAAUUCUCAUUUUAUUUUUCACAUUGCAAUGCACUGCAGUAGCUAAGUUUACGUCGGUCCUCUUGCAUCUUUGCAAACAGUGUAUAAAAAGAUGAAAAUGAAAUAUAUUUUAGAAUGUAUUAACUUUGUGGUGGAUUGUGUACACAAGAGCUGUUUUCUAUAAUCUGGAGAACUACACAUUUUUAACUUGAUAAAGAAUGAAUAAAAUUUGCAAUGUUUUCAUGACAGUCCAACUAGUUUAUUCGCUUUGCUUACAGAAAAUACAAAUAGCAUUACAGGCAGAGGACAGGUCAUGUCAACUGAUUCCAGAUUGACUUGCUCCCGAUGGUUCGCGUCAAGAAAAAGUGCCUUGCAAUUAGUCACCUCAAGUAUGCUGCAAUUGUCAAUUUGAAUUUUGAUUUAUAUUUUAGCACUGUAAAUUAAACAAAAGUGUUGUUGAGAAAGCUUAAACAAGGUCUAAAACAUUACGUUUGUUCGUGCACUCUUACAAAAUGUGGUAGAACAUCAGCAAUACAAGAUGGCUUGCAAUUGCGUGUCCGAAGAAAUAACAGACCCAAUCCAGUAUUGAAAAUGGAGCCCCCUUAAGACAGGAACGUACAGGUCACAACUGUGAUAGCAGACAAUGCUAGACUUUUCUAUUCUCUGGCCCAUGCAGUGUAAAAAUUCUUUACAAAGCCCACAAAUGCAAUACGUUCACAACCGCACCUUAACCUUUAUUUAUGGGUGAGACAUUUGAUUGCAGCAAAAUGGCGAGGUAACACA